UUAUUGGUGUUGUGUGCUGUUUUGAAAAUAAACUUUUGAAAUAAAAAUCUUAGGCCUAAUUUUAAAAAAUGGGCAAGAAAAAGAACAAGAACAAGGUUAGCGGCGCUGUUAAAACUGCUGCUAAAACUGAAAAGAAAUUGGCGAAUAAACUGAAAAAAGAAUUAGCGAACCUGGGAGAGGAAGAUAUAGCAAAAGUAAUAGCUGAGAUAGAGCGGGAAGAAGCGAAGCGUGGUCAGGCGUCAGAGAAGACCCUUCCCAGUCCGCCGUCGCCCAGGGCCUAUGCCUCACUGACCCCGCAUCCCACCACUAACGAGCUGAUUCUGUUCGGCGGAGAGUACCAUAACGGUCAGACUACUCAAGUAUACAAUGAACUGCUGUUGUUCAACCCGGACAAGAACUCGUGGCGGCAAAUAAAGGCACCCGGCGCGCCGCCGCCGCGCAGCGCGCACCAAGCUGUCGCCACACCUGCUAAUAAGGGUGAGCUGUGGGUUUUUGGAGGAGAGUUCACCAGCCCCACUGAGACACAGUUCCACCAUUACAAGGACUUGUGGUGCUUCUCAUUUGCAGAAAAGAAAUGGGAAAAGGUUCAUGAAUAUGUAGGGAGAGGGUAG